GUGAAUAAAUAUUUGUUGCUAUGAAGCCUUGACGCUUUAUUUUUAUAUAUUUAUUUUUUCCCUUGCUGUGUCUCUGAGCUGCAGUAAACCCCAAGCAGCGUCUUAUGGCUCGGCUGAGCGACGAUCUCGAUGUAGACAGCAGAGCGAGCCUUUUGUUUUUCAGCUGAAGCGGCUGAAAGGUCGCCUGAAAAAGCGGAGCAGCUGGCACUGAGCGCAGAUGAUGAUGAUGAUGAUGCAGAGGCCGUGGAGAUGAGUGGUAUUAAUAGGAGGGCUUGAGUGUCACAGGCUUUCACAGUCGAGACCAGGGGGGGCUUGCUGUGGCGGACAGUCGGCGGACCGGCUUUUGGGGGUCUUCCGAUCCAGACUGCGCAGUCGGAAUAAAACAGAAACGCAGCUCAGACCGGCAACAUGGACGUGCUGACAGUUCUUAAUUUGGGCGAUAUUGCCCAAGCUUUCUCCAAAAUGGGAAUGUUUCCAGUGUUUGAUCUCGCUUACUACAUCGUGUCCAUCCUCUACCUCAAAUAUGAGCCAGGCUCGGUGGAAGUUUCUCGCAGGAGUCCCGUGGCCUCCUGGCUCUGCGCCAUGCUCUACUGCUUUGGUAGUUACAUCCUGGCAGACAUCAUGCUUGGAAGCAGCCCCGUCGACUAUUUCCAGCACAACAGCCACAUCCUGCUGGCCUCAGCUGUCUGGUACCUCAUCUUUUACUGCCCGCUGAACCUCUUCUACAAAUGUGUGAGUUUCUUGCCCAUCAAGCUGGUGUUGGUCGCCCUGAAGGAAGUUGUGCGCACUCGUAAGAUCGCCGCAGGGGUUCACCACGCCCACCACGCCUACCACCACGGCUUCUUCAUCAUGGUGAUCGUUGGAUAUGUCAAAGGAUCUGGAGUGGCUCUCAUGUCUAAUUUUGAGCAGCUGCUUCGUGGUGUGUGGAGACCCGAGACCAACGAGAUCCUCAACAUGUCAUUCCCAACCAAAGCCAGUCUCUACGGUGCCAUCCUUUUCACCAUGCAGGAGGCCCACUGGCUGCCAGUGUCCAAGAGCACCCUUAUCCUCAUCUUCACCCUCUUCAUGGCCACAAGCAAGGUGGUGAUGACCGCCCGGCACUCUCACGGCUCCCCCUUUGCUCUCAUUGAGUCCUGGAUCUGCCACCUGCUGUUCAGCUCUCCUCUGGCUGGUGGUGAGGAGGACCACCAUCAUCCUCCUCCUGCAGGUGCUCCAUCUUCACCUCUCAAGACCAAGGAGGAUCUGAGCGAAGGUGCUCGCAAGAGGAAGGUCAAGAAAGCUGAGUAGAGCGCCGUGCUGCACUGCCGAAACGAUUGGACUUCCCAUUCCUUUCUAAGACGAGGGGCAGUUUGAUGAUGUUUGAUGUUUUGCGAAGUGAGAGCCUUUCUAUUAGAGCAACAUGGUGCUUUCGACAUUUGACAUCACCCGAGGACUCUGUAAAUACCACAGCCAAAGCUUCACACCCAACCUGGACCUUUGAAAACUAUUUAUUUAUGUGUCUGUGAACAUCUGCAUCUGUGCAACACUGUGUGGCGAUCCACGGUCAGGGGCUGCAGCAUGCCCUUAGGACAGCUUUCGUUCCUCAUCAGUAGUUGUUACCAGGAGCAAGUGGUUUUCUUUUAGUUCACCAAUUCUUAUUUUCAUGAAGGAAGCAGCAGAAAAUGUUAAUUAAUUUGACUCUUAACCUGAAAUUCUAAUGUGAAUAAAGCAUUAUGUGAAAGAACACGGAUGAUUUUUACACUGAACUGAAAGCAAAUUAAUAUCUUUCAAUAAAAUCAGGAGAAACAUGG